GGCGGGCCGCCUACUUAGUGGCGAAAGGAGCACUCCUUUGUGACGUAACAAAUACUCCCACGACCUGUCCACUCCGUCAUCGCAUCUCGACUACGGAUUCAUUCAUUGCGCCUUGGAAGACCUCGUGACUAAAAAGUUCGGAGCGGACACGUGGAAAAUGCUGCUAGAGAAGUCUGGAAUCACGAUGCACGGAGCCUCUUUCCUGAUGCAUAAAGUGUACACGGACGACAUGACGCUCAAACUGGUGGCCGCAGCCUGCGAGGUGCUUGGCUUGGAUCUGGACACGUGCCUAGAAGCGUUCGGAGAACACUUCCUGUACUUCUGUCAGCAGCACGGCUACGACCACAUCCUGCGUGUCCUAGGUUCCAACAUGGCCGACUUCCUGACGAACCUGGACAACCUGCACGACCACCUGGCCUCCACCUAUCCAGGAAUGCGAGCUCCCUCGUUCCGUGUAACACCAGGUCCCAGCGGUCAAAUACUGCUACACUAUUACAGUGAUCGAAAAGGGCUGCAUCCAAUCGUGCUGGGCAUCGUCAAGGUGGUCGGCAAGGAAUUCUUCAACACGGAGGUGCGCGCCGACAUUUCUGUUGUGUCGGAGUUUGGAGACAGGGCCCACGUGACCCUGGAAGUGACCGAGACGAAGAAGGAAGGCAAGAGCUCCUUGCUGCCGAGCAACGCAGCCGACAUUCUCAGCAGUCGUCCGGAAGACCUACCGAUCGGCGUGAAGACAAUGUGCGCAGCGUUCCCGUUCCACGUGCUGUUUGGCCGCGACUUCGGCAUCAAGCAAGCGGGCAAAGGAUUGCUGCGUCUUGUCGGGCACCGCUGGAAGGAGAGUAAAGCGCAGGGACGCCGCCUCAAGUUCGACGACAUCUUCGAAAUAACGAGACCCGUUAUCGAGUGCACUUUCGAGUCCAUACGCAGUUAUUGUAAUCAGGUGUUCGUUGUACAGACAAAAGAAGGCGUACUGAAGCCUCGGUCAGGCAAAGGCCCAGAGGACGACGAGGACACGGAGAACUCGAGCCCCAAGAUUCUUCGGCUCAAGGGUACAAAUGGUAUCGGUAGAAGAGACGAACAGCAUCAUGUUCUUGUGUUCGCCGCGCGUCAAGGACAUCGACGACAUGCGGCGCAUGGGGAUGUUCUUCAGCGACAUGGCCAUACACGACCCCGCCAGGGAGCUGUUCCUGCGCUCUCAUCACCAUCGUGGAGAGCGGGAGCUCAUCGAGAAGCUAGACGAGGCCACCAACAGACUGCGCAUGUUGCAGUCCAAGCUGGACGAGGACAAGAAACGAACCGAGGAGCUGCUUCACUCCAUAUUGCCAUCGAAGGUGAGCUCUUUCGUAUACGAUAG